AAUCAGGCAUGCGCAACGGGCCGCUCGAAAGCACCCAUAAAACAAUGGGAUUUCUCCACCACAGGGCGGCCGGCGCUAUUUGAGGGCCUGGCUUUUUCGGCAAACCCCGCACACGACACCCCGCCCUGAAUAUGACCUGGCUCCUUGUCCCCCUCCUCUUGCUAUUGGCGUACUUCGUGCGCCUGCUCGUUCUUCCCCCCAGCAACUUCCCCAAGAACAUCCCGACAAUCCCGUUCUACGUGGUGUUUGUGCCUGUGCUCACGGACUGGGACCAGGAAAAGGUCUACCAGCACUAUUUCCGGGCGAAGAUGGAGAAGUACGGCGCGGUGAAAAUGUACUUUGGCUCGCGGUGGAACAUCCUCGUGUCCCGGCCCGAGUACAUUGCCCAGGUGAUGAGAAACAACGAUGUUUUCGAGAAGAGCGGCAACAACGAGAAAAUCCCGCACGCCGUGGUGCUGGAGUACCUCGGCGACAACAUCAUCUCGGCAGGCAACGAGCGGUGGCGCAAGUACCGCAAGGUGAUGACCAACAGCAUCUUGUUUCCCGACACGCUGUCCAUGGACGGCCACUUGGCCAGGCUCAUGAGUGCGCUUGACCAGAAGGCCCAGGAAAAGACCGCCAUGGUGGUGCCCGGCUUCCUCCAGCGCUUCUUUUUGGCGUGCAUCGGCGACUGUAUCAUGGGGUGCAACUUGGACACGGAGGUCGCCGGCCAGACCAUUCUAGCCCGCGUGCGGCUCUUGAAGCGGCAGAUCUUCCGGCCCAUGUUCAUGACGUUUCCCGUUUUGGACAUCUUGCCCAUCCCGGCCCGCACCCGGGCCCGCGUCACGGUCCAGGAGUUCAAGGCCUUGCUCCGCCGCAAGAUCUUGCAGGAGAGAAGCCCCGAAACGGCCCUGCGCUUGGGGCCGCAGUUGGCCCGCGCCGUCGAGACGGGCGACUUGACGCAAAAGCAGUUCGAGGACAACGCCAUGAUCUCGCUCGUGGCCGGCCACGAGAACCCCGAGAUGCUUUUGGCCAGCACGCUCUACAUGCUCGCCAAGCACCCGCACGUGCAGCGGGAGUUGCGGGCCCAGCUCCAGCUGCUAGGCCCGGACGAAAGACCCGACCUGCCUCUUUUGAACGCGGUCAUUUUCGAGACGCUUCGCAUGUAUCCUCCCAUCGGCCAGUUGGUGAACCGCAUCACGCGGCAGCCCGUGCGGUUGGGCAAAGACAUUGUGAUUCCACGAGGCGUCUACGUGGGCAUCCACAGCUUGAUCACGCAGCGAGACCGGGGCCACUGGCCGGACGCAGACGACUUUCUCCCCGGCCGCUGGGGCCGCACGGAAAAGGAGGUCAUGCAGAGCUACACGUUGAGAAAAAGCCGGUGUGAGAUCACGGCGUUCCACGGCCGCAACCGGGCGUGCUUGGGCGAGAAGUUUGCCUUGAUGGAGGUGCGCAAAUGUGUGGUGGCGAUCUUGGGCCGCUUCCGUUUUUCCUUGGACCCGGCGUGGCGGGAGAGGGUCACGCCUGCCGGGCCGAUCUGGCCUGAGGGGCUCUCCUUGUUGAUUUCGCGAUUGGCGGAUGGCGACGAAGAGGCUGCGGACUAGCGGGGGCGAGCGGGCUGGUUGGCAAUGCUGGCCCGACGAGCGGGCUGGUUGACUAGUGAUGCUGGGUGGGGGGCCUCUUUUGGCAGCAGACGGGUUUGUAUAGAGAGCCAUGGGAGACGGCUGGUGGAAACUCGCCAUGGCUUG